GUUUGGUGGCGAGCAGUUUUCUUUUGAUCGAAUGUCAUGGAUCAAGACCAACUUUCUCUGGAUGAUGCACCGGUGCGGCUGGGCUUCCAAGCCUAAGCAGGAAAGGGUACUCGCUGUUCGAAUCAAGCGGGAAGCUUUUGAUGAAAUUCUUUCCAAGGCGUAUACGCCAGGAGCACAGUCGGCAGCGGGACUCGGGAAGGGGGAUAUUGAAGUAAGACUGCAGUGGGAUCCAGAUCAUCAACCAAAUGGCGAUAAGACAGCUAGACGAGCGAUACAAAUGGGUCUUAAAGGAGAGACAUUGCGGAAGUACGGGACGGAAUGGAUCGUCAAUAUUCGUGACGUCACCGAUUUUGUCAAGGAACAGUCGAAGAACACGGAGGAGAAAAGAUUGAAUUUACUAGUCGUUGCACGAGAGCGUGUCUACCCAGUAUCGAACCCUACGACUGCUCAACUCAUUGGGCUAGGUGACAGCUGAAUCAUCGAAAUGAAGAAAAAAAAAUUGAUAGAGCAACGACGCUCUCCUUUAGUUUAUUUCCAAUUCGUCUGUCUAAAUGCCAACUAGUCUGCUGUAAUUUGGUCUACCAUCAGUUGGUCCACUCACCACAUGGUCUACUUUCAUUUGUCUAAUGCCAUUCCGUCUAAUAACCACUUGGUCCAAGAGCCAUUUAGUCCAUGUUCAUUUUGCCCAAUUGGACUAAGUGUUAAGUUGUGCAAAAUGAAUGAUAAUGAAAUGGCAGUAUACCAACUGGUUAUGAGACAAAAUGAUCAUAGACAAAAUGGUGAUUUGACGAAGGGAUGAUUAGACCAAAAUUAAUGAUUAUUGGACCAAAUGGUGGUAAGACGAAAUGUUGAUGGACGGAAUAGCAUUAUACUAAAAUGAUAGAAGACUAUUUGGUGAAUGGACGAGUUGGCAGUAGACGAAUUGGCAAUUUAUCACUCCUUUGAGGCCACCGGAAGCACCUAAAGUACGUGUGUGUUUUUUUCUCACGUGUAUGGUCCCAUGUACAGUUAAUGGAGUCAUGGAGUACUUUUCCUGUUGCGUCAAGGUCGUGUGUGCGGCAGAAUACCACGAACUCUAUCCAGAUAUUGUUUUUCAUAUAUCGAUGCGCUGAACUAAUUCGGAUGGUCUUUCAAGAAAUUUAUUACUGGAGCUGAAACUGAGGACAGGAACUUCGCAACCAUAACCUUGCCAUUGUGCUGAUGCAUGAAAAAGUCUUAUACUGACAUUAAUGCGAUGUCGAAAAAGCUGGUUUUGCAUUUCGAAUUUCUGAAGCUUUCGAACAUGAUCGCAGAGAUGGAGUGCAUUGACUCAUUUUCAUUUGAAGUUCGAAAAUUAAACUCUACAAAACAGGACAUGGAAGAGUUUGAAGGAGCAUAUUUAUUUGUUGUAUGACGCAUUAAUUAUUAAGGAUAUAAAUGGAUGUUUGACCCUAUAAUCUGUAUUUUGUUCUAUCCUCAACCUCCACAAAAACACACACCACGCAGCCAGCCACCCACCCUUUCCCACACACACCCAAACACACCUAGAGCAUCUCGCGAUAUAUGCUUUAUGUAGCCGUGAACCGCAUGAAAUAGGCUUGAUACUAUUUUUUUUCACUCAUUUAAGCCAUGCUAUGUGUAAAGAAACAAGAAUGAAAUUAAGCAUGAAAUGUAAUAACGUCAUAACGAAAAAUACUGGAGAUGUUUGUUUUCUUCUUCCUAAGCAAUUGUCACAUCUACAUCUUGUCAUUUUUAUGAGGGUAACUUUGACAGACUUAGACCCGGAUAUGGAGAUUAUUUUUCCUUAGAGUGGUAAACAUGGCCUUUAGAAUAUCAUGUGCGCGUCCUUUCUACACUCUUAUUCCCAAAGCAAGGGACUUAAAACCCAUCAAGGCAGAUUACAUAUCCCCCAAAAGUCUACUAAAAAUCACGCUUCAAAUUAUAUCAAGGUAAUCAACUUCAAUUUACUGGUAUACAUGAUGAGGAGCUUAAUAUUAAGUUUAUUGAAUCCCUAAAAUCAUAUUUACUAUAAUACUGAAAAGCCAUUAGUUCAGAUUGUUCCCACUUUACAAAAGGACAUUAGCCGUUAUAUUUAUGUCUGUUGAUCUGAAAUUAAAGAAGAGAUUCCACUCUUACCACAAGGGUCAAAUUGAUUGUACAAACAUAAUCAUUUAUUUUAAAAUCUAUCCCUAAAACACAGUUUUUUUUUUGUGGGACAAACUCUAUAGGAAGACGUUAGCGGAUGUGUUGUAACCUUUCUCAUUAAAAUAGGUAUAUUCUAAGAACCUUGGCAACCUUUUGAAAGGUUAUACAAUUAAAUUUGUGUUAACAUUUAAUAAAAAAAUAUUUUGAUUUGAA